ACCAUAAGCACCUUCUUUAGUCAAUUCGUUAGAGUCUAUAAGUUGAAUCCUAAAACAAAAUAAUGAAGUAUAUACUUAAGCUAUCUAACUCGUUUUUCUAAAGUCGAUUCAUGACAACCAAAUUAAAAAGAUAAAUAGAAAAAAUGUGGUUUUGUUCAGACUAAGUCACAUAAGACCGGUGCACUAAAGUCUUGUUGCCUUUUAAGAUGUGAAGUUUGUGGUGGAAAAAUGUGAAGCAAGAAUGAUGAUCAUAUUUCAGAACCUCUUCUUCAUCACCUCUUCAUCUCUCUUGAUUCUCUCACUACUCCAUUUUCUCCAAACUUGUAAAGCAGCAGAUUGCAGCCCUUCUGCGUGUGGCAACAUUGGCAAUAUUAGCUUUCCUUUCCGCCUCAAGAAUGAUCCCAUCGGCUGUGGUGAUCACCAAUACGAAUUAGUAUGUGAGAACAACGUCCCCACAGUUUAUCUCAACUCCCAGAAAUACCAUGUUAGAGCAAUCGAUUACCACACCUUCACCAUCAGGCUUGCUGAUGUUUUUAUCAUAAACAACAACACCUGCUCUUUUCCUAUGUAUUCUGCAUAUGAAAUUAUCUAUUUCUAUCCUUAUGAUUUCUCUGGCAUUCUUGGAACACCGCGUAUUAAUAUCAUGAGCUGCCAGCAUCCGUUGCAUAAUUCUUCUCCCUUUACCCAACUCACUGAUUGUGAGCAACCUAGCACACAUGUAUACAUCAAGGUUGGAAACGUGAGCGUCGCAUAUAUGGACUACAUGUGCACACUAGAUUCCGUCCUGGCAACAUCUUGGAAAUUUACAGACUUGAGUUUGAAUAACGUAUCGCUCUCAGAAAUCCACCAAGCUCUGUUUUAUGGAGUUAAUGUGUCUUGGUUGAGAUUUAUGUGUGGCAAGUGCAGUGGAAGAACUAGUUGUUCUGUGGGGCCGGAUGGCGUAGCUACUUGCCACGAGUACCCAUCUGAUCUAGGUUACAACUGGGAGCACAUCAUGGAAUCCUUCCGACCACACUACGGAGGUCCAAUUGCAGGCUGUCUCAUGAUUUUUAUGCUUGUAGUUGCUGUUGUAUUUGCAGGGGUAAGCAUUCCAGCAAAGAUCAUCAUUGGAUUUGGCGCAUCUUAUUGGGUUCUUGUAAAAGACUGGGAGCGCAGCGAUAUUGAACGUAUCAUUGUUGUAAGUUAUGAAGUAAGAUUCAUCAUUGGGAUUGUUUGCGGAAUGGGGUUCUUGAUCUACAAGUUUCGGAGAAGGCGCUUGUCGGUGUACGAUGAAAUAGAAGGCUUCCUGCAGAGUGACAACAAACUCUCACCAAUCAGGUACUCAUAUUCAGAUAUAAAGAAGAUGACCAGAGGUUUUCGAGAAAAACUAGGCGAGGGAGGAUUCGGUUCUGUUUACAAAGGAAAGCUCCGAAGUGGGCAUCAUGUAGCAGUCAAACUGCUCGAAAAAUCCAAGGCAAACGGGCAAGACUUCAUCAAUGAAAUUGGAACAAUUGGGAGGAUCCAUCAUGUAAAUGUUGUCAAGCUCGUUGGAUAUUGUGCUCAAAGAUCCAAACGCGCCCUCAUAUUCGAUUUCAUGCCUAAUGGUUCCCUUGAAAAGUACAUUUUCAAGGGUGAAAAAGCAUCUUCACUAGAUUGGGAUAUGAAAUUUAAGAUUGCAAUUGGAGUGGCUCGAGGAGUUGAGUAUUUGCACCGUGGUUGUGAUAUUCAGAUCUUGCAUUUUGACAUUAAACCUCACAAUAUACUUCUUGAUGAUAAGUUUGUCCCAAAAAUAUCAGAUUUUGGGUUGGCAAAAUUAUGCUCCAUAGAGAAGGACACUGUGACCAUGACUGCUGCUAGAGGAACCAUAGGCUAUGUUGCUCCAGAACUCAUCAAUAGAAGUAUUGGCGGAGUGUCUUACAAGGCUGAUGUGUAUAGUUUUGGGAUGUUGUUGAUGGAAAUGGUUGGCUUAAACAAAGACUUGAGGGGAAAGAAUGAUGUUUCAAGCAAGUAUUUUCCAGAUUGGAUAUAUGACCACUUUAACCAAGGCAAAGACAUUGAAAUUGAAAAAGCAGGGGAAAAGAAUGGUAAUGAUGAUGAGAAUGAGAGUAGAAAGAGUCUUGUACAGAAGAUGACAAUAGUUGCGCUAUGGUGUAUACAGAUAAGGCCAGAUGAUCGCCCAUCAAUGAAUAAAGUGUUGGAAAUGUUGGAAGCUGAUGUUGAACGUCUGCACAUUCCAGAGUUGCCAUCUCAAUCAGCGCAUGUUGCAGGAAACGAGGAAGACAGCUUGGGUACAAAUUCAACUGAUUCUGUAUCCCUGCUGCAUUAUUACGAUAGGAGCAUUGAGAUUACUAUUGCUUGAAUCUGUUUUCUCCUCUGUGUUUGCAUGAAAUAGGUUCCUCUUUUAUGUAUGAGUUUCAUAACCUUCAUUGCUUCAUCGAUUUCUUCUACAGUGAAAAAAGUAAUACAGUGAUCUCAAAUAUCAACUUA